CUUUACAGCUUGAAUGUUAUCAAACCGAAUCACCAUUAUGCUACACACAUUGCAAGUUUUGUGUGCAACUUCGGACCACUCCAUGACUUCUGGACCUUUCUAUUCGAGCGCCUCAACAAAGUUCUAAAGUCCUUCAAAACGAACAACCAUGCAAAUGGAGAACUUGAAACAAUGUUCUUCUCAGAAUUCCACCAAACAUGUGAAUCA